AUGAUUGACUUGCCAGACAGACCCACUACUGAAGCUGGAAUCUCUUGGAUAAUACGCAAGACCAUCGGACUAGCCACAGUCUAUCUUGAUAUUUCAAUUUACGACACCGAAUGCUCCGAGACAUCAGCAUCAUCCAUGAACAUCGACGUUCUUCAAACCGCGACAGGAGGCCUGGCUGGAACAACAGAAAGACGUAGGCUAGAUUGGAAAAUGCAAAUCCAUACCGACUACAUAUUCGGUGAGCUCAGUUGUUGGAGUCAACUUGUUGGCGGAGCCCGAGAUGAAGAGGGGAAUAUGCGACCCGAAUUUGUGGUUCAAAAGAGAGUCAAUGAUGAAAGAGUUGUUGAAUUCUUGAAAGGAGUGACUAUGCAUGAUGGGACAAGAAGCGAUGGAUUCAUGAUCGACAUGAAAAGCGCUGAGAUAAAAAGAACUGGGAGUUGGUGUUAUCAUACUCGUCGGAUUGUGGUGGAUGAUUGUAAGGGACACUACAAAAUGGUUCGACUCGUAUAUGCGAGACAGAAUUGA